UUGGAUGACAUUACCUGAACGCUGCAUUUCAUGGUGCUUAUGAAUGUGUUCUUUAUUGUUUCUCUGUUUGCGAUUUAAUUACGAAGGGGGACUUUUGUCUAACGGCCAAAAUAAAAGGGGUCUUCGUCGAAAAAAAAAGUUCAGGGUCUUUGACAAAAUACCGUUGUGACGAGAUCGGCUUCCGUUGUUGUGACCUAUAAGGUCAGAAACUCAGAAUUCUUCUCUUUUUGAUCAAGAGCUGAGAACCUCGUCACUUCGUCAGCCAUGGCGAUUACACGCCAGAAGGACUAAAAUAUAACGAAUUAAAACACAAAUAGAGAGACUUCACAAGUUCUCAAAGAAAUGGAGCCCUUUUCUCGCCUGGUAUUGCUAGUCUCUAUCUGUCUACUUAUCUCGCAAUUAGAAUCGGCACCUCAAGCUUUUCGUAGAGAUCCAGGGCAUCCGCAGUGGCAUCAUGGAGCCUUUCACGACAUCAAAGACAGCAUUCGUUCUGAUGUCCGACGAAUGCUUCAUUCCCGGACUGAGGUUCCUUUCCAGGUCCCACUCGAAGUUAAUAUUGUCCUCGUUGGCUUCAAUGGAGAUGGGGGCUAUAGGUAUGUGGUAGAUUCGCACAAGCUGGAAGAGUUUCUCAGAAGCAGCUUCCCAUCUCAUAGACCAGCUUGCUUGGAAACAGGGGAGCCACUUGAUAUUGAACAUCAUAUUAUUUAUAAUGCAUUUCCUGUUGGGCAGCCAGAACUAAUAGCACUUGAGAAAGCACUGAAGGAGGCUAUGGUUCUUGCUGCAACUGCUAGAGAGACUGAUUACGGAAGGGAGGUCCCUCUAUUUGAGGUGAAUGCUACUGCUGUUGAGCCAGUAUUUCAUAGGUUGUAUUCCUACAUAUUUGACAUAGAUCAGGGUAGAUAUUCAGAAGUUGAGAUGGACAAAGCUGUACCUAGUGCGAUUUUUGUUGUCAAUUUUGAUAAGGUCAGGAUGGACCCUAGGAACAAGGAAAUUGAUCUUGAUAGUCUGAUGUAUGGCAAAAUUCCUGAGCUUUCAGAGGAAGAAAUGAGAAAACAAGAGGGGGACUACAUCUAUCGUUAUCGCUACAAUGGAGGAGGGGCAUCUCAAGUUUGGUUGGGGUCUGGCAGAUUUGUUGUUAUCGACCUUUCAGCUGGCCCUUGCACAUAUGGAAAGAUAGAAACUGAAGAAGGAAGUGUCAGUUAUAGAACUCUCCCUCGGUUAUGGAAUUUAAUCUUCCCAAGAGGUCCAGGUGGUUCCAGUUCUCGCUCUACACAGGAUAUUUUUAUGGGACAUCUUGCAGCUCUAAUAUCAACUACUAUUGAGCAUGUAAUAGCUCCAGAUGUUAGGUUUGAAACUGUUGACUUGACAACAAGAUUGCUCAUACCCAUUAUUGUCCUUCAAAAUCAUAACCGAUACAACAUACUGGAAAAAGGCCAUAACUACAGUAUAGAUAUUCAAGCAAUUGAGGCAGAGGUGAAGAAGAUGGUCCAUGCUGGGCAGGAAGUAGUAAUUAUUGGAGGUUCACAUGCAUUACAUCACCAUGAAAAACUGGCAAUUUCUGUUUCAAAAGCAAUGCGAGGUCAUUCUCUGCAAGAGACAAAGAAGGAUGGUCGUUUUCAUGUUCAUACCAAGACAUAUUUGGAUGGUGCUAUUCUUAAAGAAGAGAUGGAACGUUCUGCUGAUGUCCUUGCUGCUGGUUUACUUGAGGUUGCUGAUCCUUCUCUCUCAAGUAAAUUUUUCCUUCGUCAGCAAUGGAUGGAUGAAUCUGAUGGUUCUAGUGAUCCUAUAUUAAAGCACCGACCUCUUUGGGCAACUUACAGCCCGAAACGUGGCAAGGAUAAGAAGUGGAAUGUAAAGAAAGAAGGAAACCUAUACAGGACUUAUGGAACCAGAGUAGUUCCUGUCUUUGUGCUAUCAUUGGCUGAUGUUGAUGCGGGCCUUAUGAUGGAAGAUGAUAGCCUUGUAUGGACAAGUAAGGAUGCUGUUGUUGUUCUUGAGCACCAAAGUGAAAAGAUACCUCUGAGUUAUGUUUCAGAAACAGAGAGAAGAUAUGCUUUUCCAUCACAAGCACAGCGCCACAUAUUAGCAGGCCUGGCUUCUGCUGUGGGUGGACUUAGUGCACCAUAUGAGAAGGCUUCAUAUGUGCAUGACAGGCCAGUUCUGAAUUGGCUUUGGGCAACGGGUUGUCAUCCAUUUGGACCAUUCUCCAACACUUCUCAAAUCAGUCAAAUUCUUCAGGAUGUUGCCUUGAGGAGCACUAUAUAUGCAUGUGUAGAUUCUGCACUUCACAAAAUUCGGGAUACUUCAGAGGCUGUACAAACUUUUGCUUCUGACUAUCUAAGAACACCACUUGGAGAGCCAGUAAAAGGCAAAAGGAACAAGUCAACCGCUGAGCUUUACCUAGAAAAGUUUUACAAGAAAACCACCACUUUACCUGAACCUUUCCCACAUGAGUUAGUUGAACAAUUGGAGAAAUACUUGGAUAGCCUUGAGGAGCGGCUUGUGGAUCUUUCUUCACUGUUAUAUGAUCAUCGGUUAGCGGAUGCACACACAAACAGCUCAGAAAUACUACAGAGCUCUAUAUUUACCCAGCAGUACGUGGAUCGUGUUUUGGCAUCUGAGAGAGAGAGAAUGAGGUGCUGUGUAAUUGGAUAUAAGUUUCCUGUGCAGUCUUAUCAAACCUUCAUCUAUGGCGGAAUCCUAGUUGCUGGAUUCUUUGUUUAUUUUGUUGUUAUCUUCUUUUCUUCUCCUGUUCGCUGAUCUACAAUUAGAAUAUCUGUCGGAAAUUACACUCUUUGAGAGAGUUUUGCUUUACCAAGAAAAAAAAAGUUAGAAAGGUCUUUUAUCUUGUCUUCUAAAGUCUAUAAUCAAUUUGUGCCUUUUUUGCUU